AUGAACGCCUUGAACUGGUGGGGAAGGAAGCUGAGGCGUAAGAGAAAGGAGGAGAAAGCUGCAGCCAAAGCUCAGCGAAAGGCUGAGAAAGAAUUAAGGCAGCGAAAGGACUCAGUGAGAGGUCGCCUGCGGGAGCAGAGAGCUUCUGAGCAGGUGGCUGAACAAGAGCAGGAGCCGAGGCCGACCCCAGAGGUGCAAGGGGCACAAAAGGAGGGAGCACAGAACACGACCAGCCUGAAGGCUGUCAGCUCAAGCAGCAGCUCUUCUAUUUGGGAGCAGGUAGCCAAGAACAGUCUAGUGAAGGCGAGCAGCCAGGACCUCACAGCUGUGCAGGAGAGCUCAGCUGCUGUGUUCCCUGUGAGGGGUGUGAGAUCUGCACCCUCCAUGGGCUGCGACGCCAAGAAGCCCUUCCAGUCCUCUCAGGAAUGGAAAGAGCCUGGCAAAGAGCAGAGCCAGGACAGGAGCAAGCAGCCCCAGGCUGUGCCUGUAGCCCCCUCAGCUCGUCAACCCGGGCCACAGGCCAGGGCACAGCGACUGAGAAGCGUGGGGCAGAAGCUACGGAGGCGACUGGCUCGGAUCUGCCUCUGGCUCUGCCUCUACAGCUGCUGCCCCUGUUUGCAGAUCUGGGCCCGGAAGAAGCAGGGGGUCCCCUAGGGGACAGCCCACGGUGGGGGGACGGGGACUGGUGGGGUGCAGAAAUGGGCUUCAGCUCUUCAAGACAGGCAAAGCCCUGUCCCUGCAGAGGCUUUGCUCUGCAAGUCAGGGAGCAGGAGGCUGCCCUGCUGCCUCCCACCACCUGCUCAGCUGCUCAGUGCCGGAACGUGGAGAAGUGUCCAGUGGAGAGAUUUCAACCGAAAGGAAGGAGGGCUCCGUAAUCGUCUCACCCAGUUCCCCUUCCCCUCCUGGAACAGCAGCGGUGGAAACUGGAAAGUGCGGUAGGGCGCUGCGGGCUCCCCUUUCCCCCCUGCUCCAAAGUCCCCUUCCCCCCCUGCUCCAAAGUCCCCUUUCCCCCCUGCUCCAAAGUCCCCUUUCCCCCCUGCUCCAAAGUCCCCUUCCCCCCCUGCUCCAAAGUCCCCUUUCCCCCCUGCUCCAAAGUCCCCUUUCCCCCCAGCUCCGGGCUCCCCUUCCCCUCCCCCAGCUCCGGGCUCCCCUUCCCCUCCCCCAGCUCCGGGCUCCCCUUCCCCUCCCCCAGCUCCGGGCUCCCCUUCCCCUCCCCCAGCUCCGGGCUCCCCUUCCCCUCCCCCAGCUCCGGGCUCCCCUUUUCCCUCCCGCUCCGGGCUCCCCUUUCCCCCCCCCGCUCCAAAGUCCCCUUUUCUUCGUUUGUUCGGGCUCCCCCCUGCUCCAAACUCCUUUCUCCCUGCGUCUGCCGAGUGCUGAAUGGGAAGAGACAAGGCAAGGAGUUGCCUUUCCCUCCCCUGCAGGCUCGGUCAGGGACAGGCAAAAGCCUUUUCCUGCCGCUCCCGCAGGGCACUCACCUUUAGUUCCCUUAGGUCCGUGAGGUUCCUUUAGGUUCUUUAGGUGGAGUAGAAGCAAGAAGGCUCCCAGAGGACAGUCGUCGGAGGGGGACUGGGGGGGGGUGGGGGGAGGUGUGGGCGGGGAUCUGGGGGGGUGGUAAAGUGGGACUAGAUUGUAUCAGUGAGGAAAUAAAGGGCACUGAGAAAGCCCAAGUGCUGUGAGUGCA